AUGGAUUCCCAUACCACCUCGUCGGACGCUGCACCGAAUGAGUCAUCGCCUUUGCUUCCAACGACAGAGAACCGCCCCAAAGGAACACGAUCUGUUACUUUUAGCGAAAACCCCGUUACAAAAACUUUUGAACCUGGUCGCCAGCCAUCCCAACAUCGUGGCCAUGGACAUCACGCUGUUGGUUCCGCUAGCGGCGCCGCUGGUGGCCCUCCCAUGCUCACAGCUCUCAACAACAAGCUGAGGAGACGAAACAGCCAAGGCACUGUACCUGCGGUCGCCCAUCUGGCUUUUGGACCCAAGCUUGGCCCCCAGCGCAGUACGAAAAAGACGGAAAAGCUUAAGCUGCUUCCCAAUACGGACCUGGACGACCCCGAGGACGAAGAGAGUGGAAGAGAUGUCUACUCUCAGUACACGCGCAUCAAGGAUCCCGCCGCGCGAAGGGACGCAGCAAAACUAGGUAAAGCGGACCGAGACCGCCUCCCGCGUGUCACGGCGUACUGCACUGCGAACCGAUACGAGAUGGAGGCACUCAUGAGGUUUUUGAAAGGACGAGGAAAGACCCGCGGCGCCAACCCAAAGCUCAUCGAUGAGUGCAUAUACACACCGUACAACUACACUUCAAAGAACGAGCGUAGUCGUGAUCCUGUUCAAACAUACGAACGACGACAUUCAACGGGAGGCGACGCCAUUGAUGUCGCGCAGCAAAGAAGCGAUUUGGCUGAUCAACAUGCGGCGCAACAAAACAGUGACUUGGCUGAUCAACAUGGAGAGGAACAUAAUGGCCAUCACAAUAGUGCUAAUGGCAGCGGCAAUGGCUCUCGCAUUGACAGUUCGGAUUUGAUAGGCUCAGCGGUGGACGAUCACGACUCAACAGGCGAGCCCAACCCCGAUUUCGACACACAGGUGCAUACACCCGAGGUGUUCUUGUUCGACUACGGAGUGGUAGUUAUCUGGGGGAUGACCGAGAUUCAAGAGGCUCGGUUCCUCAAGGAGAUCGCCAAGUUUGAGACUGAGAAACUCGCACCAGAUGACGUUGAGACGGAGAAGUUCAACUUUUACUACACCAAGGACUACCAGGCUCGCAUCUACAAUGAUUUUAUCACACUUCGCGAUAAGAACAACUAUAUGACCAAGCUCGCUAUUUCUCAUGCAUUGGCGCAGAGUGUCAAGACCUCGCUCUUCGAGGAGCUUAUAGCAUCUACAGUUGACACCUGUAAAGAUAUUCCCACACAAAUAGCCACGACUGGAAAGAUUGCACUUAGACGGUCGCAAAUCAACAUGCAGAUUGGAGAGCUAUUCAUUCUUCGCAUCAACAUUCACCUCAACGGCUCGGUCCUCGACACGCCCGAACUAUUCUGGGUGGAACCACAGCUCGAACCCGUUUACCAAGCCGUCAGGAGUUAUCUGGAGAUGGAUCAGCGAGUCGGCCUUCUGACAGAACGUCUCGACGUCAUAGCAGACUUAUUGGCUGUUCUCAAGGGAGAACUCAGUCAUGGUCACGAUGAGAAGCUUGAAUGGAUCGUGAUCGUUCUCAUUGCAGCUGAGAUUCUUGUGGCGGCUGUCAACAUUGUGGUGGACUUAUACGUUGGCGAAUAG